GAUAUACAUAUUACAUACACAUUUUCAUUGUUUUGUUUUUCACCUAUACAUGGACAGAAUCCUUGUGAAGCACCUGCAUAAGGAAGACCAAUGUUAUUUAGAUGGAAUCCACAAUGUUUAAACUUUUCAAUUUUAAAAAUACCUAAAUCAACAAAACAAAAACAAGAAAAAAAUAAUAAUAAUACAUGCCCUACCACAUGCACAACAAAUUAGCACAUACUGACCACAUACAAUACAUAUAACUGUGGCUUUCUAUAUGAGUAAGAUGCUUGCAUCUCAGAUGGCAUCAACAUAUUUGCACCACAAGUUAGGGGGGUGGCAGUUCCUGUCUGUCCGUGAGAAAGUCUGCUCACCUGCUUAAUGUUCAUUUUACUAGUGCCAAACAUUUAAUAUCUACAAGAUAAUAGUAAUGUUGAAAAACAAAAUAAAUUGUGAAAUGUACAAGGAUUAAAAUAAUGCUGGUAUUGACGUGCUUUUUUCUUUCCCACACCAAGACAAUCAGCUUUCAUUAUAGCAAGGGGAGGAGACAGGAGAGCCGGAAGCUGCUACUUUUGGAGUAUGUUUUAACUACUGUACGAACCUGUAAUGUACUACUUCAAAUUUGUCUGAGCUGCAAGGAUCUGCCAACAUGGUGCAUCCAGAACAUCUAAUCUUUGAAUCCACCUUGCUGAAUAAGCUGACUUCUGGCAGUGCAUUUGCAAUUGCUUUUAUAUUUCUUGUUUUUCAGUACACUUUCAAACUGGACUUUCAGUGCCCAUGUAAUGAUUUUUACCAGUGGUUCUGCGGACUAUAUAUUGGUCUUCCAUUUAUCGGACUUUUUUUAAUACUGACCUUAACCGCUAAAACAUUUACAAUUAUUUCUGCACUGUGGUGUUCUUGUAUACAUGCGUUAUGGUCCCAUGAAGACUGCACACUUGGGAACAUUCUCCAUGUAUCCUGCUCCUGUUCAGCCUGCUCUCGUGCACGUUUCUGUCAGGCAUGCAGAAGAUUUUCCUGUAAAAAUUUUAUGAGAAACCUGUUUCUUUCUGCGUUAUGGAUCAUAACAGUUUUGAUUGAUGGUGACGCUGUGGUGUGCUGGAAUCUGACAGAAGAAAACAUCACACGAACAAACGAUCAAAUUCCUUGUAAAGAGAGCAACAAACUUACUGCUGAAGAAUCUGACAAGAUUAAAUAUUAUCAGGCUCUAUCACAGGCGUUCGGGUUGGGAUUCCUUUUUGCUCUUCCAUUAUUGUGGCUGUUGGUUUCUACAUGUUGUCAGUUUUGCACAACAUCCUAUUACAAGUCUCUAUUUGAAGACAUAUAUGAAGAGGAGACAAUAAGAUAUGCGGAGGAGGAAAUGCGAGAGAGAGUGAAAACAAGUUCUAAAGAAAAAUGUAUUAAUGUUUUAAAUGUACGCAGAACUGAUGGUUUACUGGACUGGACAUACUUGUCUAACCAAAUGAUUGACUUAAUCAUGUCAAGAAACUCUGAAUCAAUGAAUGAACCACCCCAGAACUCGGCAAGACCAGAACCUUCCUCAGCAAGACCAGAACCCUUCUCUGCCACCCCAGAACCUUCCUCAGCAAGACCAGAACCCUUCUCUGCCACCCCAGAACCUUCCUCGGCAAGACCAGAACCCUUCUCUGCCACCCCAGGAGCUUCUUUAGCAAGACCAGUACCCUCCUCUGCUAGCCCAGAACCUUCCUCAGCAAGACCAGAACCCUUCUGUGCCACCCCAGAACCUUCCUCAGCAAGACCAGUACCCUCCUCUGCCAGCCCAGAACCUUCCUCAGCUAGACCAAAACCCCCAUCUGCCACCCAGAACCUUCCUCAGCAAGACCAGAACCCUCCUAUGCCACUCCAAAAGCUUCCUCAGCAAGACCAGAACCCUCCUCUACCAGCCCAGAACCAUCCUCAGUGAAACCAGAACCCUAC